AUGAGAAAGAGUGUAGCACAGAAGGGGAAAAAGGUGAAAGGAAAAGCAGGAAAAGUAGGGAAGAAGAAGGGGAAAGGAAAGAAAAAGGAUCCUGGGGGCUGUUUAUUGGAAGAUGGAUGCAAUGAUGAGUUUGGUUAUUGGUCUGAAAGUGAUUUAGACUUUUCAGAUUUAGAUGCGGAAUUUGAACCAUGGGAAGAGGACAAAAAACAACUAGAGGAGGAUGAGUUGUUCUGUGAGUCAUUGUCUACUGUGUUGAGGGGAAAUAAGAGGGUAGAUAAGGUUGCAGCACCUGAGGUGGAGGUAGAUAGGGUGGCAGUACCUGAGGGUAAGGAGGUGGAUUAUGAUUCAGAGGAGCUUAGAAGUCUUUGUGGUUCAGAUGAUGAAGUAGAUCCAUACCCUACCUUUAAUCCAGAGAAAGCGAUAAGGUAUCAUUCGAUCGAGAACCACUACGAUUACUACCUUCUUCAUAAUGGAAGGAAGAGGGUGAGUGUGUAUUGUAGGUAUAGAUGUAAUUGUCCAUGGUAUAAAAAGCAUGCGAAUCUUGUAAAGUGUGUGUGUGAUGAUCCUAAUAAGUGUAGGUUUAAGAUUCAUGUGAAGAAACUAAGGAUAGAAGAAACGUUUCAGAUCAAGUCUUUAAGGUUAAAGCAUACUUGUGGUGUGGUUCAUUCAAGUUCUAAAAUCACAUCAAAGUGGUUAGCUGAGAAGUAUUUGGAGGAGUGGAGGUCAAAACCAUAUUGGAGGCUUGUGAAGUUUAGGGAAAGGGUUUACGAGGAAACGGGGCUACAUAUUGGAUACUACAAGUCAUAUGAGUAUGCUGCUGUGUAUGACUAUGGGUAUGCAAUUCUUCAAUACAAUCCUGGUUCUUCAGCCUAUGUACAAUGCCAGAUUAGAGACAACCCCACUCCGUUCUUUCAAAGAUUGUAUGUUUGUUUUGAGGCUGUCAAAGUGGGUUUUAAGAGUGGAUGUAGGCCUCUAAUUGGAGUAGAUGGUUGUCACCAUAAAGGGGCUCAUCCAGGAAUGAUCUUAGCGGCUGUGAGCAAAGAUGGAAAUAACAAUAUUUUCCCCGUAGCUUGGGCAGUGGUGGAAGUUGAGAAUGCUGACAGUUGGACAUGGUUUCUUGAUUUGCUGAUGAAGGACAUAGGACACCAUGACGGAGAAGGAUUGACUCUUAUGUCUGAUAGGCAAAAGGGACUAUUGGAUGCUAUAUUUGUUGUGAGUUCAAAAGCCGAGGUCAGAUUUUUUGCUAGACACAUAUGGGCUAACUUCAAGAAUAAAUUCAGUGGCACAGCCUAUAAGGACCUGUUUUGGGCAGCAGCAAGAUCAACAACUAAGCAUUGGCAUGAUUCUUACAUGGCUGAAAACAAAGAGCUAAACGAGGAUGCGUAUAACUACUUUAGUGGCAUACCUCCUGUGCAUUGGUGUAGACAUGCAUUUGGAUCGAAUUCUAGGUCUAACAUGUUUCUCAACAACAUUUGUGAGACAUUUAAUGCUGUGAUAAGGGAAGCUAGGGAUAAACCAAUAAUAACCUGCCUAGAUUGGAUUAGGAGGUACGUAAUAAGAAGGAAUGGUGAGAAGUGGGAGGGUAUUCAAAAUUAUGAGGGGAGGUUUAUGCCAUUUGUUGAGAAGGUUUUAGCACUACAACAUAAAUGA